AUGAUGAUGGCCUCCCCCAUUAUCACUCCCCACUCCCGCACCCUCACCCACACCCCCUCCCCCUCCUCCUCCCCCAAACUCGUCCCCGUGCCCAGCACCUUCGCACCCCUCUCCCACCUCUCCCUCUCCACCACCCACUCUUCCAGCACCUCGCCCACCACCACUCCUGGCCCACUCAGCCAGAGCGCACCUACCCGCAGCUACGUCCGUGGCCCCCAAGCGCGACCCUAUGGUCCCUCGUCCAUCAAGAAGAAGGAGCUCGACGCAGACAGCAGGCACUUUGCCGAGCUCGUCGCGAGGUCUGUCGACGAUCGGCGCGGCUCGCCUUCCAGGGAGAAGGGGCUGAUCGAGAUGGUGGAGAAUGUCACUAUCGAGGAGCAUGAGGAGCGUACAGAGGCGCGCAAGAUUGAGCAGCGAAAGCAGCUGGGACGGAUGCAGAGUCUCGGUGGGAGCUGGGAGAAUGAACGCGCCGAGUUGAUUGUGGAUUACCCCGUCUGGAGUCCUGGUUGUUUCCAAGACUUGUCCACAUUGCACACACUGCGCGACAAGACCCUCGCACACACCCACUCCCUCCUCUCCCACCUGCUCAACACCCACUCGACCACGACGACCUACCGCCUCCUCGCCCGCUCUGCCACGCCCCCCAAACCAUCCUCCACCCGCCCGUCGCCAUUUCACCACGGCUGGGGCUGUAUCCGCCUCGCUCCUUCCCACGCUGCCGAGUCUGGCAAGAAGGCCGCCCAAGUGCGUCGCACGAGUCUCGUCCAAGCUGGCAAACCCAACUUUUCCCCGCGCCUCUCUCUCCCCCGCUUGCCACUGCACGCCACAAGCGCUAUCGACUCUUCGUCAGACGAAGAGUCUCCUGCCAACUCGCCCCGUGUUUCGGCGCGAGACUAUCGUGAAAUCAGGUUGCGCUCAGGGUUCAGCUCGGGGAGUAGUGAUGAGGAGGAUGAGGCGGGGGAUGAAGAGGAGAGUGCGGAUGUUAUCGUGGCGAAAGAGAUUGAAAAGAGGGGUGGCAAGGAAGGGACGGUAUUCUUGAUGACCCUCUUCGGUCAACCCGCCCUCAUCCUCACCUAA